AGCCCUGGAUUCGGUGAAACGUAGCAGCGUACACACACACACACACACACAGGCACGCACACCCACACACAUCGGGCUGGCAGCAUCGACGUUGCCGUUUGCCGUUGCCGUCCAACAGUCAGUCAGUCACACAGGUGAGAAGCAAAAGUAAAAGGCAGCAGCGCGGCUGGAGCAGAGGAGCAAGCAGCGACAGCGACUGCUACGUGUGUUGGUCAGUACCAGAAGUGAGCCUAGCCCGAGCCGAGCCGGAGCUGCAACAGAAGCGGCCAGAGUGGAGAUAGCCCCCAACGCCUACGUCAGCAAAACGCGAAAAACACGAGAAUCCUCGACAAUCCCCCAACUCCAAACUCCUCCAGGAAGAUGGCUAUUAAACCCGGUCUGGGACGCAAGCCCAGCAACAAAAACCCGCCGAUCCUGAGCCACGAGUUCGUGAUACAAAACCAUGCGGACAUCAUCUCCUGUGUGGCAAUGGUCUUCGUGGUGGGCCUGAUGAACGAGUCGACGGCCUCCUUCGCCAGCGCCUUCAUCUCGCUGCACCACAACGUCAGCGGGGAGGACCCCAGUAGGGAGCAGCCCUACGGCAAGGCCUACACCUAUGUAGCCGGCAUCAAGGACUACUGCUCGAUCUUCUUCUACACCCUGACCUGCAUCAUCAUGCACGCGAUCAUCCAAGAAUUCGUUCUGGAUAAGAUCAGCAAGAAACUGCACCUCUCCAAGUUCAAGCUGGCCCGCUUCAACGAAUCCGGCCAGCUAGUGGCCUUCUACCUGCUCUCAUUCGUGUGGGGGGCACACGUCGUUCUGCGCGAGGGCUACCUGGGCCAGGUGGCACUGCUGUGGGAGAGCUUCCCCAGCCAUCCGAUGAGCUUCCUGCACAAGUUCUACUUCAUCAUCCAGCUGGCGUACUACCUGCACAUGCUGCCGGAGCUGUACUUCCAGAAGAUCCGCACCAGGGAGGAGCAGCAGCCGAAGAUCGUACAUUCCAUCAGCGGAUUCAGCCUCAUCGUGAUCGCCUACACCCUGAGCUUCCAGCGGCUGGCCCUCGUCCUGCUCACGCUGCACUACUUCAGCGAGCUGCUCUCGCACGUUUUCCAGCUGAUCGGCGUUUUCGAUCGCGAGGAGCGUCUGGCCCGCCUCCGCGUGGUGAACAAUGCCUGCUUCUUCCUGGUACGCUUCGCCACCUCGGUGAUUGGUGUGCUCACCCUCUACUACGGCAUCGGGGGCCUGCGCUCCCUGCUGGCCCUCGGCGGUUUGAUCGCCCUGCAGGGCUACCUCGUGUUCUCCUUCAUCACCGAACAGCUGCGCGCCAAGCGUGAAGCCAAGCGUGAAGCGAAGCGCGAGGCCAAACUACUGGCGGCCCAGUCCUCAAAGAAGGCCAUCAAGGCACCAAAGGACAAGGUGAAGCGAAAGAAGGAGAGCGACCUGCCCGAGGCGGACCAGCCGUCGCCCAGUCCCGUCAAGCAGAAGCUCAAGUGAGAGGGACCGGCGGCCAAGCCAUCGACGACUCUCUCCACCUAGCAACAAAAUCUUCCGCACACUUCCAAUCCAAUCCAAAAUCAGUCUUAACCAAUCCAAUCAAAAUCCGAGAGGAGACAGAUAGCCAGAGCGAGAGAGCAGCACCACUGACAGACCCCAAUGUAAAUGUAAAUGUAAUUCUCGGCCAAAGUCAAGGCCCGGCUCCAGAUCCCAGCUCCAGCUCCAGAUGCAACCUGCAACAACUACACUACGCUACCGAGGCACAUUUCCGCUGCAUUUACCAAUUUCUCAGAGAAGAACACAGAACCAGAAGAGAACCACUUUCCGGCACGCGAUGACACUAUUUUUGAAACCUAAU